AGUGUGCUGUUCUUGUUGCUCCAGAUGAGGCCGUAGUAAAUUGCUCACCGAGUGUGUUGAGGUGUUGGUGUAAUGCAUUUCGUCCACAUAUCAUGGCAAGGAGAAAGCUAAGUGGAGACGGCUGACUAACGAUUUCACCAGGUCGGGAAGGUACACCCUGCAUAUAGGGCCAUUGGAUUGUUGUCUACCCUUCUGUUCGUCUCAAUGCCACAUCAACAACCAUGAGAACGCUGGCGGUGCUGCUAUGUCUCAACUGUGCUGCAAUCCCCUAUGUAGUAGGCUCGGAGGGUGGUAGGCCACGAGGGGUGGGACCAGAAUUCGCCAAGUUUUACAAGGAUGCCACUUCCUUCACUUGCAUCUCCAACCCCUCGAUAAGCCUCUCUAUAUCUCAGGUCAACGACGACUACUGCGACUGCCCAGAUGGAUCCGACGAGCCAGGUACUUCCGCAUGUUCGUACCUGUCGCCCCUCUCGCCGCACACCCUUGCGCAUCAGUCCAACGCCGGUGUCAACACAACACUGGCAUUGCCUGGGUUCUACUGCAAGAACAAAGGCCACGUUCCCUCCUACGUCCCAUUCGAGCAUGUGAACGAUGGCGUCUGCGACUACGAUGUUUGCUGCGAUGGCAGCGAGGAGUGGGACCAUGUGGGCGGCACCAAGUGUGAAGACAAGUGUCAGGCGCUCGGGAAGGAAUGGCGGAAGCAGGGCGAAGCUAGGCAGAAAAGUCUCGGCAAUGCGGGCAGGAAGCGUAAGGAGCUUGUUGCUGAGGCAGGCAGGCUGAGGAAGCAGGUCGAAGAUCGCAUACAGAGUCUAGGCACUGAGAUUGAAGGUGGUGAGCUCAAGGUCAGACAGCUGGAGAGCGAAUUGACGGAGAUUGAGCGAAAGGAGAAAGGCAAGGUUGUCCGUGCCAGUGCUGACAAGGAGAUGGGGAAGAUGGGUGUGCUCGUUGGUUUGGCAAAGCAGCGGACGGAAGAGCUCCGGAAUGCUCUUACGCGGGUGAAAUCUGAGCGUGACUCGAGCCGGAGCAGGCUACAAGAGCUCGAGGGCAUUCUGUCCACGUUCAAAGAAGAGUACAACCCCAACUUCAACGACGAAGGCGUCAAGCGUGCUGUCCGAGCAUGGGAAGACUACGCCGCUCGCGACAAAGGUCCGGAGCCCGAUGCGGCCCACGACCGUGACUUGGAUGCCUUUACCAAGUCGGACAAAGAGAACGGCCUGGACUGGGAGGAAUAUGAGAGUGACGACGAGGAGUCGGACACGGAAGUUUUGUACGCUUUCGAAGCCUACUUACCCUCUUCUCUCCGCACGUGGCUGGACCAGAAGCUGCGUGACUUGCGCCUUUGGAUGAUCGACUCCGGCAUCCUCGCCGGCACCGCUCCGUCCACGGGCGAAAGCAAGGGCGUCACGGAUGCAAAAAAUCGUGUCAGCUCCGCCAAGAAGGAUCUCGACGGCCUGCACAAGUCUCACCGUGAGCACCAAGAAGACCUCGAAAAGGACUUUGGCCUCGACGACGUCUUCCGUGCAAUGAAAGGCCAAUGUGUCUCAACAGAUUCCGGCGAGUAUACGUACGAACUUUGCUUCCUAGACAAGACAACUCAGAUGCCGAAGAAGGGCGGCGCGCAUACCAACAUGGGCAACUUUGUUCGGCUCGAAACGAUUGUCGUUGACGAAGACGUGCCGCCGAACGGCAAAGGUCUCGGUUCUGGCGAAAGGGUGGCGAUGAAGCACGAGAAUGGCCAGCAUUGCUGGAAUGGGCCGAAUCGGAGCACCAUGGUGGUAUUGGCUUGUGCGGAGGAGAAUGAGAUCUGGAAGAUUAUGGAGGAGGAGAAGUGUGUGUAUAGGAUGGAGGUUGGUACGCCGGCUGUUUGCGGAAUCGGAGGUGAGGGGAAACCUGCGCCAGCGAAGGAUGAAUUGUAGGACUAGAGUCAGCAUAGAUGAGAUCUGCAUAACAUGACGCAUUGAGACGGCAACGGGGAAUUGGUUGACCUGACGGGAACAUCACGCGACCAGGGCGAUGACUGAGACGGGAAGGCUCUUUCGAACUUGCACCAUGAGAGCGUGGCGCACAUUGUGGUCACCAUGAACACGACCAUCACACGCGACGCGUGCUAGGAUCUUGGAGGGCGAGUGUUAAUGAAGAUCAACGGCCGGGUAACCUGGUAACGGAGCCCUGGCUCGGUACUAAUUGCCGCACGCGAUAGCGGUACGAGUCGUUCAUGAUGCGAUACUUCUGCUGCUUGCAAGACAUUGCAAGCUCAUCUUGGUACGAUCGACAUCGAUGGAUCAACAGCCGUUC